UACGUUUCCCAAGAAGCUUUGCGCGGGCGAAGCUCUGUGAUCGCUGCUGCUUACUGCUCCUCCUCCUCCUCCUCUGUAAAGGAAAGCGCUUGCAGGGGAAGCGCGCGUCUACUCUCCUUUCGCGGUGUGUUCGUCUGUGUGUGUGUGAGGACUGGCACCGGGAAAGGAGCUAGGGCGGCGGCUGGAGGAGGUGAGCGCAUCCACCCGCUCGCCUGACAGGUCCCUUUCCCGGCAGAGCGGAGGAUCGGGACAGGGAAGGCAUCCCCCCAGUGGUGCCGGCGGACAUCCCGUACUCCUGGCUGCCCAAAGGCGGCGGCGCGGGGCACGGGCCCCCCAGGGACCCCGGCGAACGGCUUCUGCAGCAUGAGCAGCAGUGGAAUCGUCCGGAGAACUGCAGCGGAGAAGGAUCGGGCGGCGCAGCUCUUGCUGGCAGCGGUGACUCUUGGCUGCCUUUGGUGUGCCAUAGAGGCCCAGGUAACAGGAUUACUUGAUGACUGCUUAUGUGACAUAGAAAGCAUAGAUGACUUCAACAAUUUUAAGAUCUUUCCCAAAAUACAGAAACUUCAAGAACGAGACUACUUCAGGUAUUACAAGGUUAAUCUGAAAAGACCAUGUCCAUUCUGGGCUGAGGAUGGCCAUUGCUCUAUCAGGGAUUGCCAUGUAGAGCCUUGCCCUGAGAGUAAAGUUCCAGUUGGAAUUAAAGCUGAAAGUACUAACAAAUAUUCAAAGAUAGCAAACCAUACCAAAGAACAUGAAGACUGUGAACAAGCUAACAAACUGGGUGCAAUUAAUAGUACAUUAAGUAGCCAAAGUAAAGAAGCUUUCAUUGACUGGGCCAGAUAUGAUGAUUCCCAGGACCAUUUUUGUGAAUUGGAUGAUGAGAGAUCACCUGAUGCUCAAUAUGUGGAUUUGCUCUUGAAUCCAGAACGAUACACUGGAUACAAAGGGCCCUCCGCAUGGAGAGUAUGGAACAGUAUCUAUGAAGAAAAUUGCUUUAAGCCACGAUCUGUAUAUCGUCCACUAAAUCCACUGGCACCAACCAAGGGAGAGGAUGAUGGAGAAUCGUUUUAUACAUGGCUAGAAGGGCUUUGUCUUGAAAAACGUGUAUUCUAUAAACUUAUUUCAGGACUUCAUGCAAGCAUCAACUUACAUCUUUGUGCAAACUAUUUACUUGAAGAAACAUGGGGAAGACCUCGUUGGGGACCUAAUGUCAAAGAAUUCGCCCAUCGUUUUGACCGUACUGAAACAAAAAGUGAAGGACCAAGACGACUAAAAAAUUUAUAUUUCCUAUAUUUGGUGGAACUGCGUGCAUUGUCAAAGGUUGCAUCAUACUUUGAGCGUUCAAUUGUGGAUCUUUAUACUGGAAAUUCACAGGAGGAUACAGAAACUAAGUCUCUCCUGUUAGAAAUCUUCCAAGAUACAAAGUCCUUUCCUAUGCAUUUUGAUGAAAAGUCCAUGUUUUCUGGAAACAAAAAGGAAGCCAGAUCUUUAAAGGAAGAAUUCAGAUUGCAUUUCAAGAACAUAUCUCGCAUAAUGGAUUGUGUUGGAUGUGAUAAAUGUCGUUUAUGGGGAAAAUUACAGACUCAAGGUUUAGGAACUGCUUUGAAAAUCUUAUUCUCCGAAAAAGAAAUAAAGAAUCUUUCUGAGAACAGUCCGUCCAAAGGUUUUCAAUUGACACGACAAGAAAUAGUUGCUCUUCUGAAUGCAUUUGGAAGACUUUCUACAAGUAUACGAGAGCUACAGAAUUUCAAAGUCUUACUGCAACAAAAAAGUUAACGAAGGCUUUGUACCUAUUGGUAGAAACAGCCACUAAUUUAUCAUCAGGCAAAACGAAGCCAAUCUGCAUACAAGACUGUUCUAGAAAGGCAAGAACAUAUAUAAUUCCAAUUUGAAUAUUUAAAAUAGAAAAGGUUACAUUGGACAAAAUAUUUAUGGAUAAACUACCUGGCUUUAAUUAUGUAAAUUAUGUUUGUUUUCAACUGUUUCACUAUUCUUACUCUCUACUACUUUUGUUUCAUCAUCAUUCAAAAGAAAUUUUGCCUCUCCUGCUUUAUAUCAUCACGCAGGAACCUCAUCCUGGCUACAUUGCUCACAUGGAAAAGAUUCUUCUAAAAAUACCUGGGUGUAAAUGCUUUUUUAAUGUUUAUUUGGAGGAAUUGACGAUAUGUAAGAAAAAUGUUUUCUUGCAUUUGUAUUUUGUUUGUUACAGUCUCUGUCAUGGCCAGUAAAUAUUUUACUAAAAUAAGCCCCUUGGCAUCCAGGGCAACUAGUUAUUGGGGAAUCUCAAGUUAUUUUUGUGUUUGCCUCCUUGUCCUUUCCUUUUUUAUUUUAUUUUUCUACAACACAUCUGCUUUGUCUGACAAGGCAAAACUGGGUUAAAUUUAUCAGUUUUUAUUCUGAAUGGAUACUGAAAGGCUUUUCCCAUUAACUGCUGCUAGCUUAAAAAUUCAGCUCAAGUUUUAGAGUCAUGGACCUUAAUCUUCCAUCUCAAAAACCUUACAAAUUCUUCUUAUUCUGGUGCUCUUCUAUUCAAAAACAAUAAAAAAUAAAACUAAAUAUUUUCACAGAUAAAUGGUAACUUUUUUAAAAAGAAAAAGUCACUUCCAGAAUUCAACAGAGCACAUUCUAUCUAUGCAAUCUCUAAUUACACCUUUAAAAAUAUAUAGUCUCUAAUAAAAUGGAUAUUCCAUACAUUUGUUCCUAAAUCUUUAUCUACAAAGGGGGAUCUAGUUAUCAAAGAACUGUUGCAGGUAAUAAACAUUUAAAUUCUUAAUCUGCAGUAGGAAGAAGUCUAUAAAUUGUGAAGGAGCACCUUAUUAAAAAACUGUAAUGUAAUAUUUGUAUUCUGUGAGGGAAUGAAUGUCAGUUUAAGUACAAUAUACAGAUUUGUACAUAUUUUGCUUUGCUUUGAUAAGUAAAACAGUCUUUACAAAAUGAAUUAAAAGUGCUCUUAAACUCUUCUAAUUUAA